UCAUUAAAAAAAUGUCGACUUCGGAGGUGACUUCCCUUCCCACAGAAUUACCUCCUUGCGCCGUAGGAUUCACCUGGGUCGUUUUAAUGAAUGCCUGCCUGCCGGAUAUGGCACGCACUAGAAGGAGUAAAUGCAAGCAUGGCUACUACUACCACGAGAGAUUCCAAAAGUGCAUGCGUCGAAGGUACGACAAGGAGCAGCAGCCCGGUGUCAUAAGAAAAUGGAUGACUCGUACGCCAAAACCAAUGAGAGUGACGAGAAAACCUCGGAUUAGUACCGCAGCUCCCUACGAUGGCACUUGGGUCGGCUACAAUGCUGGAUACGGAAAGGAUGUGCCUUGGGGUUCAGCCAAAUAAUAAGUAGUUGGGCUUCUAAAUGUAUAUAAAUAAAGUGUCAAAGGUAUCUAUUUAUGGGAUUCAAAUAAAAGAAAAUAUAAUAUUUU